AUGGCCGAGGCCAGAGCUGCCCCUACCCUCCCGAACAUCGAAGAUUGUGAGUGGAACUAUAAGGUGAAACUCUCCAUCGCCGAGAGGAAGGCUAUGGCUGAAGAGAUCAUAGAGAAGUACCCGGACAGCGUCCCUGUGGUGAUAGGGAGGCGUGUCCACGACAGUCUACUCAUCAGAAGUAGACGAUUAAUUAUCCCAAAGUACUACACUUGCCAAGAUCUGCUGAAGAAGGUGCGGAGCUACAUAGGGCCACCGCCGCCAGGGUUCCAAAUGAGCAUCCAUAUAGAAGGUGUAGUGCCACCAGACUCGGCUACGAUCAAGCACUUGUACCUGCAGUACCAUGAGAAUGAUGGUCAUCUGUACGUUAUCAACUCGCUACAAAGAGCCACUUCGGGACAGAGACCGUAG